AUGUCUGCACUAAAAAAGAUUAAACUCGAUUCGAAUAUCACUCAAAAAAUGGUUAAAACAAUUUGUGUUCAUUCUGGCUCCUUCCAUGCUGAUGAAAGUUUAGCCGUUUAUAUGUUAAGGUUAUUACCGGAAUAUAAAGACGCAAAUGUCAUCAGAUCAAGAAAAGCUGAAGAUUGGGAAAAGAGUGAUAUUGUUGUGGAUGUUGGUGCCACAUAUGAUGGUAUAAAGCAUUUUGAUCAUCAUCAACGUGGCUUCGAAGAAACUUUCAAUGCAAAUUAUAAAACUAAACUUUCUGGUGCUGGUUUAAUUUACAAGCAUUUUGGUAAGGAAAUUAUAAAAAACGCUGUUAAACCAACCGUAGUUAAAGAUAAUGAUUUGGAAAUUCUUUAUGACAAAGUUUAUAGUAAUUUCAUCGAAGCUAUUGAUGCAAAUGAUAACGGUAUUAAAAUCUUAGACUACGAAGCUUUAAAUGUUAAGCCAAAGUUUAGAGAUUCAGCUGUUUCUUUGCCAGGUAUUGUUGGUGGUAUGAAUCCAAGCUGGAAUGAGGAUUGUACACCAGCCAAAUUUGAUGAAAAUUUCUUCAAAGCUAGUGAAUUCAUCGGUACUAUUUUUGUUAAUCUUGUUAAAGGUUACUCUAAUUCUUGGUUACCUGCUAAAUCCUUAGUACGUGCUGCUGUUUCUAAAAGAAUGGAUGUUGAUUCAACUGGUGAAAUAAUUGUUUUAGAACAGUUCUGCCCAUGGAAAGAACAUUUAUACGAAGUUGAAAAAGAAUUCGAUUGUGAAGGUAAGAUUAAAUUUGUCUUGUUUAAAGAUUCAUCUAAUACUUGGAGAGUCUCCACCGUUCCAGUCUCUUCAGGUUCUUUUGCCUUUAGACAAGGUAUACUAGAGAAAUUAAGAGGUUUAAGAGAUGAAGAACUAAGCAAAGAAAGUGGAGUCCCUGAUUGUGUUUUCGUUCACGCAGCUGGCUUUAUUGGUGGUACUCAAACUCAAGAGGGUGCGUACAAAUUAGCAAAGAUGUCUUUAUAA